AUGUCGGAGCAGGUGACGGUGGGUGUGCUGGCGCUGCAGGGUGCGUUCCAGGAGCACAUUGCCCGCUUUACCUCGCUGAAUGCGGGAUCAUUUCCGACACGCGUUCGCGCGAUCGCCGUGCGCCGCCCGGAGCAGCUGGAGCAGUGCCAUGGCCUCGUGCUGCCAGGCGGCGAGUCGACCGCCAUUUCCCUCGGCCUGCACAAUGCACAGCUCAUCGAUCCGCUGCGCAAGUGGAUUGCGGACGGGAAACCGGUGUGGGGAACAUGCGCGGGUAUGAUCAUGCUGUCGACCAUCGCAACCGGCGGCAAGCGGGGGGGCCAGGAGCUCCUCGGCGGCCUCGACAUCCAGGUCGGCCGCAACGGAUUUGGAAGCCAAGUGUGCUCGUUUGAGGCGGGCGUGCAGUUUCCGUGUCUUGGCGACGAGUACCCCGGCGUGUUUAUUCGCGCGCCAGUCGUCGAGCAGCUGCUUUCGGACCCCAUCCAGCAGCGCCAACAGGCCGCGACGCGUACCGAGCAGGGCACCGCGGAGCUGUCGGUGGUCGUCUGCCCUUCGUCGGUGAUUCAGAUGCCGCGAAGCCCGCUCGAGGUCCUCGGCUGGAUCCCGGCGUCGGCCGUGCCGGACGUGCACGCGUCCAACGUCCUCCCAGAGCCGGCAGAGGGCGCUACGGAAAUCAAGGGUGCGCAGCCCCCGAGCGACGCGCAUGUCGCUGCUGUGCGCCAGGGGCGCUUGAUGGCAACAAGCUUCCACCCGGAGCUGACGACGGAUACGCGUCUCCAUGCCUACUUUGUCCGCGAACUGAUCCUUGGUUCGUAG